CCAUCUCACGACGUUUUCUCGUUCCUUCGCUCUUCCUCCAAGCUCAGGGUUUCACGUCUGUACACGAGGUCUCACUGGUAACUUCUAACAAUGGGCUUUGGUGAUCUUAAAACACCCGCUGGACUCAAAGUUCUGAAUGAGUUUCUGACAGACAAAAGUUACAUCGAAGGGUAUGUGCCCUCUCAGGCUGAUAUUGCAGUGUUUGAUGCCCUGUCUGGUGCCCCCUCUGCUGACCUCUGCCAUGCUUUGCGGUGGUACAACCACAUCAAGUCUUACCAGAAGGAGAAGGGCAGCCUUCCAGGUGUGAAAAAGCCUCUCGGUCAGUACGGCCCCGCUGGUGUGGAGGACACAACUGCAGCAGCUCCUGCGGCGGCUGAUGAAGACGACGAUGACAUCGAUCUGUUCGGUUCUGAUGAGGAAGAGGAUGAGGAAACCAUAAAGAUCAAGGAGGAGAGGCUUGCAGCAUACAACGCAAAGAAGGCAAAGAAGCCUGCACUUAUCGCCAAGUCUUCCAUUCUGCUGGAUGUUAAGCCCUGGGAUGAUGAAACCGACAUGGCCAAGCUUGAGGAGUGUGUCCGCAGCAUUCAGUUGGAUGGUUUAGUUUGGGGACAGUCUAAACUAUUGCCUGUCGGCUAUGGCAUCAAGAAGCUGCAGAUUGCCUGUGUUGUGGAAGAUGAUAAAGUUGGAACAGACCAGCUGGAGGAACUGAUCACAGCCUUUGAGGACUUUGUGCAGUCCAUGGAUGUGGCAGCCUUCAACAAGAUCUAAAACCCCACAGAACGAAGCAUUAUCCCAAUAAAAGCACUUCAAAUGCA